UUUAAAGUGAUUAUAGUGCUUGUUUGCAGAUAUUGUGAUGUGCAUGAUUUUGAAAAAAAUUAAUUGGAAGCAUGGGAACAUUGUGGAAACAAUUUUCUGCGAUUUAUUUUUCACUUAUGAAAAUUUCCGACGAAAUUGUUCCUAUAGAAUGUGAUAAAUUAAAAAUAAUUCAAUCUUUGUCAUGUUAAGUAAUAAAAUUCGUGGAAAUCUGUUAAUAAGCAGAACUUAUAUUUAAAAAAGUGCUUAAUGAUAAAAUUUAAAACUUGGACGGGCUCAGGAUGGAAGAAGACUUGUCUGGAGUGGUUAUCAGAGUUUCGGCAGUGGACUCGAAUGAUGAGAAAUUUAUUGCGAAAUUGGAAACCGUGGGGAAUCAUUCGGAAUUUGUGGGGGGAUUUUUUGUCGAGAUUUUACACUAUUUAAGGGACGCGUUACAUUUUAGUAUCGUUGCUGUUCCUGGGCAAGAAUUUAUCACAGAUUUGAACGGAACGACGGUGGGUGGGACGGGGGCAAAGUUACUGAACGAUGAGGUCGAUCUCGUCAUAGCGUCGUCGUACAUGUUAAGAUACAGAAUAAAACACUUAAGCCCCACACUUCCCGUAAAUAUAGACAAAAUAAUGGUUUGGUUUCGACCCCCAAGAAAGUAUGUGAUGGAGGACGGAUUUAUCACACCAUUCUCGACGCCAGCAUGGUUCGGCUUAAUUUCCCUGCUAGCAAUUAUUGUCACGUGUGCCGUCCUAGUUUCCAGAAUAGAUGCACGUCUUCGACCUGAGGAGAAAAAGUGUGGGAAUAACUUCUGGAUUUUUGGAGCAUUUUAUCAAAGAGGGUGUAAGAAGACGCCUGCUCGGUUCCCGCAUCGACUUGUAUUCAUCCAGGCAUUGACAUCUUUCUGGAUUGUUUACACGAUUUACUCGGCCUCCGUUCUUUCAAGAUUGACCGUGUCGUACAACCCUUUCACCACAUUUGCGAAGAUACUUAAAGCCAACUUCAAAAUAUUGGCGAAUCCCUUGACGUCUACGUUUUUUGAGAAAAACUUAGAGGUAACGUGGCGAAGCACGUUCGUCAGUAAGAUGGAUUCCGUGUGGAAAAUUAUGCAAGGAGGUUACGCCUUCGUUACAUCGCAGGAUGCCGUCGGAGUGGCGGCGAGACGAUGGAAUUUUACAGAUUGGCAAAUCUGCGAAUUUAUUUCAGCCGUCCCCUUCGAUAAUUUGGUUAUUCCGUUAGCGUUCUACACCAGGAAGGAGUAUCCAUACAAGGAGGCCAUUAAUAGAAAAUUGAUAAAAUCGAUGGAAAACGGAUUACACAAUCGAUUAAGGAAGGACUUUGAACGGAACACGUAUCCAGUUUGUGUCCCCAUUUACAAAAUGAAAGUGGAAUCCAUCACAUUUUCAGAAAUUUAUUCAGCAUUUUUCAUCAUUCUGGUUGCUGAUAUGCUCGCGUUGGUGGGCUUGUUGGGAGAAAAGUGCAGUUUAGACAUCUUGGCCUCACCUGAAACAUAUCUAGAUUUCUUGGAGUUGGAUUAUCAGCGUUUUGGAUGGGAAAUCGGGAAGCUGCUGAGCGGUGCAAUAGAUGCUGCCAUUGCUUGGACCUUGAUUCCAAGGAGGUCCGUUUUUUCAACUUGGGAAAGGCUGAACCGACAGCAGCAUCAAGGAAUGGAAGCUUUUUCUGUGCGUUGCAGAGCUUCUGGUCAUCGUGGGGUGUAUGUGAAUUCUCUCGAGAAAACCUUUUUUCCAGGGUAA